GGUGAGAGGGAGAACAACAGAUUUCACACCUCAGACAUCAUUGAAUCUUCUUUCAUGGCUUACAGAGGCAGUGUGAGACCCUUUGUGCACUUCAAUGCCAAGCAGGAUGCUGAUAUCUUACGAAAAGCCAUGAAAGGAAUCGGCACGGAUGAAGACACCAUCCUCAUGCUCUUACCUGCCCGGAACAAUGAGCAGAGGCAAGAGAUCAAGGCGGCUUAUAAGAAAGCGCAUGGAAAAGACCUAGUGAAAGACCUGAAGUCAGAGCUGGGAGGGAAGUUAGAGGACCUGAUUAUGCCUCUUAUGUCUCCUCCACGUGUUUAUGAUGCUGAACUGCUCCACAAGGCCAUCAAGGGAGCUGGUACUGAUGAUAAAGUUCUGAUCGAGAUCCUGGCCUCCAGAACACCUGAGCAGAUAAAGGAGAUCAUCAAGAUAUACAAGAAAGAGUAUGGAGGCAAGCUGGAGAAGGACAUCAUGGGAGAUACGUCUGGACACUACCAGAGAUUGCUGGUGAUGCUGUUACAGGGAGAGAGGGAGGAGGGAGUGGAUGAAAGCCGAGUGGAGAAAGACGCCAAGGAAUUGUUUGCUGCCGGUGCGAAGAAAGCUGGCACGGAUGAAGAAAAGUUCGUCCAAAUCUUGGGCAGAAGGAGCAUCGAGCACCUGAGGCAGGUCUUCGACGUGUAUAAAAAGAUCGCCGGCUGUGACAUCGAGGAGAGUAUUUGCGGGGAGUUCACUGGCACCCUUGAGACAUUGCUUCUUGCAGUGGUAAAAUGUGCGAAAAGUGUCCCGGGAUAUUUUGCUUACUCCUUACGUGACUGUAUGAGGCGUGCCGGCACUGACGACGAGACUCUGAUCAGGAUCAUGGUGUCCAGGAGUGAGGAGGACAUGCUGGACAUCAGAGCCCAGUACAAGAAGAUGUAUGGAGAAUCACUGUACCGUACCAUACAGGAAGACACCGAUGGCGAUUAUGGAAAGGCGCUGCUCUACCUCUGUGGUGGAGAUGAUUAAUUCUCACUUUUAUUUAUUAACGUAUGGUUUGCUUAUAUCCACUCAUUAUUUAUUUAUCAUCCCUGUAACCAUAGUUAAUCUAUUUUAUAUGUUUUAUAUUAGUAAUUAGUAAUAGUAUACGUACAUAUAUACAGAGAUCACAAUCAAAUAACAUCUACAUAUUAUUUGAAUAAUGAAUUGUGGUUUAAUGUGUUUAUGAUUCAGUAAUUUAGUGGUUUUAGUGGUUAGUGCAAUAGCGUAGAGCGUAGUUCAUGUGGCUUGAUUGAUAGAUAGAGAGAUAAAUAGAGUGUGAUCACAUAUUUACUGACUUGAUUUUGAAAUAAACCUUUUUCCCACUCAUUAAAUCUUCACUUCACUCAUAAAUAUGAUUUCGUCUUUCCCUAUCUGGUUACUAAUGCUUGUCAUUAGGGCUUCAUUUGUGUGUUCAGUUGCCAAGGCGCAGUCAAAAUUACCUUUAAAACAUUCAUUCAUGUGAAGCUAAUAAUUAAUUCAUUAAGCCCUAAAGAGCUUAGGGUGACAGUACUAAUGAAUAAAAAUAAUGGAUGAGUAGGACUUAUUAAGGCAAAGUCGUUGUCUGACUUAGUGACGUGAGGGAACAAGAUAAUAAUACAAAAAU